AUUCAUAAGUUCAUACUCAGUCUGUCGAUGGUAGGAAGAACACCGUGUGAUACGAAGGAGUAUUUACUACCACAACACACACAGUGGUAGCCACACAAACACUGUGGACGAUUUUAAUCGGAAGUGAAUACUGUUGACUGUCUUCGCAAUGAUUAUGGACAGUCUAGAUACCUUAACAAGAGUGGCUCUCGCCGACAUGUGUGGGGAUUUAGUGACUGGAUUAUCAUACGAUUCUCCGUCAGAGGCGACGGUUAUAAUGGGAAGAACUGCUUCAGAAUCAGUGGAUGAUUCUUUAAACACACCCGUAACAACAUGUUCGGAAACGACUUUCCAGUUUGGUACGGAUACAUUGGAACCUCCACCGAUCACCGCUACUGCCAACAUCCUCGCCUCCAUCAACAUCCCCGAAGCUGGCAAGGGGGAUAGCCUAUUCCCACCACGUACCCAGGGAUCCCAGAGCGGGAAUGUGACAACACAUACUAUCUCCUACAAGGGGACGCUAGUCACUACUGCCGUCACGCCGGCCUCCACCGUCUCCGAUACAAACCCAACGAACUUCGCCUCCAUCCUCACUCCACUGUCACCUCUCAUCACCAUCCUCUCUCAGGCCACCCAGAACCCAGGACAGGGCUUCAGAAACUACCCCGCUAACUUAAGCGACUUCGCCACGUUCACUAGCCAGGCGCCGAUCAGCUUCGGGUUCAAGUCCCCUGCCCCUUCUCCGGUUCCCGCUCAGUCGCCACAAGCUCAAAGUGACGCCUGUUCCAUGGGGCAGCCAGACCAGGGCGAUCACUUCUCUACUGGGUUCGGAUCCCCAAUGACCCCUCACUCCACACAGUCCACCCCCGAGCCUCAGAUGCCAGCUGUGUCCGACGCUUUCUCCAGGAGUGAUGACAGCAUCAGCUAUUCGUCACCUCCUCCACCACCGCCGUAUUCACAGUCGCUACCUAUGUCUCUGGAGCAGGAGUUGCCCGGUCUGGCCAUGAAGCAGUCACCCUGUUACACUUCAUGCAGCCAGGUGCAGCCCAAUCAGGCACAGCAAUGUGACCAGACAUCUCUUAUAAACUUUGCACCCAACAACUUGCCAGAAACUGUGUUACAAAUGCAAUUCUCGGACUUGAGCAAAGCUCAAACAAUCACAGGGGACCUGAAGUGGUCUAUAUCAUCAACGAAUACAGCAUCUCAGUCUCAGCUGCCUGAUUUCCCAGCCCUUCAGAUCGGGGCUCCCCAACAAACUGUACAAAGCGUGUCAAAUGUGCCCAUGCAGCCCUUCCAUGUCCCAGGGACAAUCAAGUCAGAACCGGGUACAUCCACGAUUGAUGAACGCUUUCUGCUGUCGUCUGCUGGUAUGGACUUUGUUACCGCAUCUUCUACUGCUGAUGUCAAGCCUUCAGUCAGUUCUAUAACCUCCACACUUAACCAGCCCUAUCAACAGGGCACCCUCAAACUUUUACCUGUUAAACCUAGGAAGUACCCCAAUCGCCCCAGCAAAACACCUCCCCAUGAACGACCAUACCCCUGUCCAGUUGACAAUUGUGAUAGGCGGUUUUCAAGAAGUGAUGAACUAACACGACACAUCCGUAUUCACACAGGACAGAAACCCUUUCAGUGUAAAAUAUGUCUGCGGAGUUUCAGCCGCAGUGACCACCUGACAACCCAUGUUCGGACACACACUGGCGAAAAGCCAUUCUCCUGUGAUGUCUGCGGGCGUAAGUUCGCCAGGAGCGAUGAAAAGAAAAGGCAUGCAAAAGUGCACUUGAAACAACGCAUUAAGAAAGAGGCUAAAAUGCUUGCAGCCAACGCCCCCCUCCCAACAACUCAAGCGACGACCUUGUCAGGUGCUAUGGUAGACUCUUUAUUAGACUCAAGCAGUGUUAGCGGGUCUAACACUAUGUGCUCUUUACCCCUCGUAGUGACGACGGCGUCGCUGUGAGAGCCCCUCCACAGAUGGUGCUACGCAAUUGUACUGGUUUAUGAACAUUGAAACCGUUGUUGAAUCUGACUUAAUAUGAAACAGUGAGGGCCUACAGAGGUAAUGUCUGCCCCUCAAUUUUUUGAGUCGGACUGGUCCGGUUCCCGUUGAGCGUUGUCUUCUCUUCGGCUUCUUUAUCUGCCGGUGAAGUUUGUUACGGUCUGUGACUGUGUGUUCUUACAUUGUGAAGUAUUUUAUCCAUUGUGCCAUUACUGUAUUCAAUGUGUUCCCCAGGUUAAGAGGAACUUCACUGUUAUCGUAACUCACAUUUCAUUUGUUUUUCAUUUUACCCGAGCGCUUGAUCAGUCUUCGCAGGCAGCAGUUGUAAGUUGUUUUUGCAUCAUGAGGUUAACCCUGUUAUGUGUUCAAGGGUUACACUGAGAGCAUUUAUCUGUGUCCAUGUUAUGUGUACUACAUCAAAAUUAUCCAAAUACAUUAAAUUCUUUAUCUAUUUUUCUAUAUUGUUAUGACUGAAGUAAUGUUGUAACUAUUUGCUUAAGUCAGUGAUCAAAAUGUCUCUUCAUUUUCGUUGAUAGUUUUUAAAGUGCUCCCACUUUUGUUAUGACAUCACAAGUACCGGUUCUGUUUGAUUUUGUUGUUGUGUACAUAUUGAAUUCUAACUGAAUCGCUUUCCAACGUGAUAUGUGUUACGCCAGCCUUCUAUUACUAAAUGAAUAUAGAGUCCUAUAUUUUGACAUUGAAAAUUAUUUUCUUUAUGUUGUUCAACAAACUACUAAUGUAAAUGAAUUGACUCCCUCGACAAAUCGUACUGUCACCGCACAUGUAUCAGCAGAAACUGUCAUAACAACUUGCAUGAUCUUGAAAUCCAUUUAAUUCGUGCUAUAUAUUUUGGCAUAGUGCAUUUAGACCAAUCCAGAUUGCCAUUUUUACACUUGUGACAAAUGUAUUUACGUUCUAUAGUGGUGACAGUUGGGAGACAAGGAGUUCAUUCAUUUUCAUGUUACAAUGCUACACCGUUCUUGCUGGUUGAGAGUACAGAUGUAUGGCAUAGUGCCAAAGAAUGAUUGUUGACUGGCAUAUUAAAAUGCGGUUGUCGUGAAA